UUAACACGCAGAGCCGUCCCGGUAUUACACCGGCGCCGCCGGUCUAAAGAGCCGAAAGAAAGGGAAAGUCCGUCGGAGACCGGCCGCGAACUUUAGCGCUCUCAGUCCACGGAAAGCGAGCGCGCGCCUGCUCGCGUCGCGAACCUGCUCUCUCGCGUGGCGACGACGUUCAACCCUUACCGCGGGGAUACCCGGCGAGUUUUUUUCGUGCGUGCGUGCAUGCGUGCGAUCAGCGCCGGAAUUAUCACGCGCUUCUCCACGACAGCCCAGCCUCGCGAGGAUGCGUCGCGGUGGGCGCACAGGAUAAAGGGAGACGCCGGGAGGUCCUGGUGCAGAUGCGGGCGCGCUGCUCCGAGACGACGCGGAGCGGAGCUCGGGGACCGUCGAGAUAGCAGAUGCGCAUCGGCACGGUGCGUCGGGACGAUGAAAGAUCGACCAUGAUAGGCGAGCGCCUCACCUCCUUAAAACCGGAUAGUUCGGAACAUUCGCGCGAGAGCCUCGCACCGGCUCGCGUUCUCAUGCUCGUGUGCUCGACCUCUUGACCGGUGGAGGAUCAUAAUGCUAGAGCCGGUUCUGGGAACGUCGCCGAUCUGGUGGCUGGUGGUGUACGCCAACAUCCUGCUGCUGCUGUCGCCGUUGGUGUUGCUGAUGAUCGUCUUCCUGCCGAAUUUCCCGAUCUUGCUGCUGCGUAGGAUGUGUUACAUACCGAUCGAGUCGAUCUGACCCCGCGAAGAUUCACGGUGAUCCUCCGGUUACCGGACGUCGUACCUCGCGCGCUCGACGACCGGUCGAGGCGCUAAGGUGGGAUCGUCGGGGAUCGCGUUUCACGACGACGCGUUGACGACGAUGCAACGUGCGUUCGGGGAAUGUGUAUGAAUAAUCGAAGGAACGUCAGAGCUCGAGCGAUUCUACCCCUUUUUAGAGACUUUAGUCGCUUCAUUUGAAUUUCGAGCGAACCACGUCGCUCGACCGCGUCGUACAUCCGAUUGUCUCACGGCUGACGAUCGAGACGUUCCGCGACGAAACUCACGAUCGGAUCAAUCCGACAGAUCGCACCGUGCGCGUCAUCCGUCGGACGACGGAUCUGCAAUCGGAUGUAGACGCAGACCGAGGCGACCGAGCGUGUCGUCGCGCCUUCGUCGAGUUCGCGAAUAACGCGGGGCGCGAGCUCGCGUUGCCUCCACAUAUGUACGUUGCUGAAACGUUGAAAUGCAUUGACUUACCAAGCUACACACGAUGUCACUGAAUUCCAUCGAAACGCUCAUUUCGUCCCACCUGCCCGCCUGGUCGAUCCUUGUGCGCGCAUGAACGGAAUUCUGGAUGUUAUUGCGCGACUCGCGCGGAAUCCUUUCGCGAUCGCCCGCAUAAUACGAAAUUGUUUGUUAAAUUUGACACACUUCGCACGUUUCAAACGGUCCGAGCAAAGUUUUGUGUUAAUUUAACAGAAAAGUAGUUGAAAUUUUUCAAUUUGAUUUCCCGAUUGGAAGAUCUUGAAAAGUCAAACAAAUAUUAUGUAAGAAAUUAACACAAACUUAAAGUGAUCCAUAACGUGUUGAUCGACACUGAAAUAUAAAAUGUGUUAUUUUAACACUUGCGUUCAGUAUCGAUAUAAAAUACUGAGAUAACGCCAGCACAAUAUGUUAAGUUUAACACAUGGGUGUGUUAAAAAUUUCGCGCAGAAAUUUCAGCAAGAACCGAUUUUGACACGAGUACAAAGGUUUUUUUUACCUUGCGACAUUUCAUCGCCGCCACCUUCGGCGUGCAUGUUUGCACGUAACGGCGAUACGCGCGAGAAAUUCAUCGCGCGGGGAUUUGACUUUUCUGCUCGAUAUUCGGCCAACGGUGUCUCGAGUGGGAUUAAAUGUCAAUCCCUCCAACUCGUUCGCGAGUGAUCACCGCGAGGGACACGGAGUUGCAUGGAAAUAAAGGAGAAGAAAAGGAAACAGGAGAGACGCGGCGCUCACGACGGGUUUCAGUCGCGUUGACUGCGGCGCCGAGAUCUCCGCGCGCGUUUUUCGACUAUUCAUUUCUACCUUUCGCUUACGCACGUUCGUGGCAACGCGAACGCUACGUGUCCGAGGCAAGUGCGAGCAACAAUCGUCCGCAAUUAGAACGUGAAUUAAGAAACAAUACCCAAGGUGAACCGCCCGUCGUCUGCCUGCGUGCGUGCGUAUGACGAGAUCGUUGCAUUAUCAUCGGGUUAUUGCUGAACUGACCUAACGGUGCACGAGCACUUACGCGGCGGGAAAGGUCGGUGAUUAGUACGUGUCAACUAGUCCCGAUCUCGUGGAAAGAACAAUGGCUCGGAUCGACCUGUCAGAAAUGACUGACAGCAUCUCACUAUUUCUCUGUGUGCGAUGAAAUAUAGGACUCUCAUUUUUCUCCCUUUUUCUCCACUCACUCGCGCUAAACCACUAAACUCGAUCGUUCGCUCGCAUUUCGCUCUGCUGCAUCUGACCGCGAACGAUCGAUCAUUCCGGUCGAAGAAACGAUAGCGCGAUUCGCGUGACGGCGAUGUUUGCGAGGCUUCCACCGAGAGUUGAUUGCCCCAUCGUGCCCGAAUCUGGAUCAGAGGGCCUAUCGUGAAUCUUUUCCUUCGGCGUGAACUCGUGAAAAGUGAACACGAAUCGAAAUUUUCGUCUUAUGUCAAACUUUUGAUUCCACGGCACGGUAGGGGAUCAGGUAACAAAGUAGACUCGGAAACUCAAUUUUAAUAAUAUAAUUUGCUUUUACUUUGACUAUGACAAUAUCUUAAAUCGACGAUAUCUGAAUUUUGCUAUUUUACCGUUAAGUAGUUAAAUCUCGAGAAUCAGAAGUUUAAGAGAAAAGUUAACAAGUCUUAAUAUCCUCAAAGGUAGGUUUUUAUUAGUCUACAGGCCAUCUAAGUAGACACAAAUUAUCCUUAAAAUGUCGACUCGGGAGGAUCCCCCGGCCUGAAAGCGUUUAACGUAGUAUCUUCACUCUUCCCUUCUUCAUCUACACUCGAGGAAAGGAUUCACGAUCGGGCCCCGACUCGUACCAGGAUCAGGAAAACGCGAAACUUCUCCCAUGACACGUUGGGACGCACACCCGCGCGUUGUGUAACCGUGCAAAUUACAUAAGAACGGCAUUAGCUCCGUCCUCCGAUGCAUGCGAUUUGAAGGCGCGCAAUUUCCCGGGACGCCGUCAUCCUCCUCCCUAAGACAACGUAUCGUCGUCGGUCGCGAUGCAUCGCCUCGUGAAGGAGGCGUAUCGCAAACCGCUGUCCUUCUACAGUUCUACCGGUGUGUGAUAUAGGCUGGUCCGAAGUUGGACAUUAUAGAGUACCGAUCGGAGAGUACUUUCGCCGAGAGUCGCCCGUAGUGGGGGAGGUGGGACUUGAACCCUGGAACCCCAUGGGCCAUAUAUACUACGGGCCCAUGCAGCGCUCUUGCUACUUGGUGUCAGCUUCUCGGAGAUAUCCCCCCCGGCUUCGGGAGACGCGCAGGAGAGAAGAAGAAGAAGACGACGACGAAGAGGAAGAAGAAGAAGGAGCUGAUAACAGCGAACGGUGAGUGAGAGUACGUGUGAGACGUCGCUCUUAGACGAUAGAAGAGCGUAGCUUCGAUAGAACCCGAGAGGCGCCACGACAGGGUGAAGAACGUGACCGUGGGAGCCCCUCGUGGCCGGAGGUAGGAAGUGAUACGUGCGAAACGACGAAGCCGUUGGCGUAGCUCGCGAAUGCUGAUGAGGUGAUUCACCGGUGCGCGACCGCGCUCGGAAGGAGCUUAGCCGCGGGCCUCCUGGACCCUUGCAUGUGCGAUGAAACUCGGAAACUUCUCUCUCUCUCUCUCUCUUUCUUUCUUUCUUUCUUUUUUUUUCUCUCUCGGGACCAAACACGACGGAUCGACCGGCGGAUGUAAUGAUGAAACGGUCUUGCGCGAACAGCAGCGAUCGUUCGAAUCAAGAGCGCGCGCGCUCCCUCGUAUUUUUCGAAUUCGUUCACCAGCUGACUCCUCGCGCGCCACCGACGGUCUCUUCUCGUACGCACCGCAUCAAGAAACGCAAUGCGAAGACGAUGCGGCGCGCUGGACAAGAUCGAACGCUCGCCCCGCGACUCGCCCGGCGCCUCGCGGCCUUGUAAACGUUCCGUUGGCGUUGGUUAGCUCUGGGAGCUUGAACUUCAAACACGACUGGAAUCCGCUAGGCGCGAUAACUCCCGGGUACACGCCUAUGAGCGCGAGCGACCCGGGGUAACAUUCUGUGCACGCGUGUUUCGCGUUGUCGUUUGUAUGCGCUCACACACGCAAGAUACUUGCGCCACCGGCCGGUCCGCUGCCUUUCCAGAAACAAUAAUGGUGUCGGCUGCUUCCACACACACACACACACACACACACACAUAUACACGUGACAGAACACGCCCGUCUUCUCACGGCGCUGUAAUUCUCCGAUACACGUGCGAUUCGUGUACAUGUAAACGUUCGAUCGUUGAGUCGCCUUUGAGUCAACAACAACUUCGCAGCCUCUCGCACGGAUCGAGAUCUUUAUUAUUUACGAUAACAAUAAUAAUAACAGUUUCAUUGGCUGGACGAGAGAGAAGAAAGGAAAGUAGUAACGCACAGAAAGUCUGCGCAAAAGGAUCUGGCCGAUAGGCGAGGCAACAAUAUUCUAAUGGCUUUACCUCCUUACCCGAUUAUUGCCACGACUAUCCCUCGUCCCGAUAAGUUUCUCGGAGUGAAAUCUCAUUCCAAAUAAACGGAAAGUGACAAAGUAUCAUCACACGAGGCGGUGAUAAAAAAUCACUCGAAGUCGCAAGAGCGAAUGUUUCGUUCGAGCUUAGAAUAUUUUCUGACUCCAUACGGACGAACGUUUCGAUCGAUUGGAAUGAAUAUCUUUAUGUGAUACAUCAGACACAUCGGAUUCACUCUUCGAUUUUCAGUGAAGACGAUUCAGAAUGGAGCGAAUUCACACGAAAUGAGCGAACGGUCACCCGAAUUCUCACGACUCGCGAUGGUUGCUCUGCUUCGCGAGCGAUAUUUCACUCAAAGAAACGUCGAGAAAGAGAGAGAGAGAGAGAGAGAGAGUAAACAACGAGAUAAUCGGAAACGAAUGAAGUUACUAAUGAGAGCGCUCCUUCCAGAUGAACCUACCGAUCGUCUGCGCGCUGAUCAGCGUCGUGGCCGCUGCGCCGGGUCUCCUGAGGGUGCCGAAGGUGUACAACGCCGUGAUCACGAGCAAUCAGAAUCUGUCGCCGUCGCGGGCGUUCCCGGUGAUACAGCCGGUCAUUCAUCGCACCGCGGUCGGUUACGUGCCGCCGUUCUACUACACGCAAAUAGCGCCUCACUUCGCUGGGCCGGAAGUGGUGCACUACCCUACGUCGCCGGGAGGGAAAGCCGGCGGAAGCGACCAGACGCAGGCCAGCUCGAGUUCGCGAUUCGUGGAAUCCACGAGUUUCGGCAUCGGGAAGGAUCGGGCGAACGCCGAGAAGGAGAACGUCAAGGAGAAGAACGACGAGGAACAACCGAAGGGCAAUCCGCAAGACGAGUCGCAGGCGGGGAAGGUCGACGCAGCCUCGAGGAAGAAUCAGCAGGUGCCGUUGAGCUUCUACCCGAAUUACCAUUCCCUCUAUUACGAGCCGUACAUCUACACGUACAACAGCUUCAACCCGCACCUCGUGCCCGGCACUUACUACGUCGACUACCAGCCGUACGGCUCCCUGGAGCCGAUCCCGCCGACCACGCCGAAGAACCACGCCGAGUCCGGCCACCUGUUACCGGGCUUCCACGAGGAAAGGGCGAGCCUGCCUCCGAGGAACGAGAAGGAGAAGAUACCGGACGUGCCGCCGCCGCCUCUGCCGACCUCCAUUCUGCCGCGGAAGUCCUGAGGGAAGCCCGAAGAUGGAGAUGUCCUGAGAGUGUCGGAUCGCGCGAGCGGAAACGAAGCAAACACGCGAGCGGUCGAGGACGACGACGGAUCUAUUGUUUUUUUUCUAUUUAUUUUCCGCUCGUGCGCUUUCCUUCUUAUCUGGGAGACGCGGGGCUCUUCGUUGUUACGUGCUCCGGAGGAUAAUCGACUCUCUCCGUGCCGGUGCGAUAGCGUGACAGCGGUAGUCAAUCGGCUGGCAUUUAGCACAUUGGUCACGCCAUUAUAUCGAUGAACUUUGACCGCACGUUGCUCGAAAUAAUCUCCAAUCUGCAUGCCGCGAUGCUCGAUAAAGUUCAAGAGUUCCGCUCGCGCGUGUUCGCGGUCGCCCGGCUGUUAUUAUUCACCGGGUCGGCGGAGAACGGCUGGAAUUAUUUCCGCAAUUCGUGCGUUUACACAUUCGCUCUCUCUCUCUCCCCUUUUCUUUUCUUUUUUUUUCACGGAAUUUCGAAUCCUCUUCGCAAUGCGUUCCACGUCUCGCGCGUCGCACGCCGCGCCCUUAUUCCGUAACUUGCGGCGAGCAUUUCGCUGUCGUUAACCGUAUCGUUGCGCAGCUGUUUCGUGAUAUAUAUUUUGUGUCCGCGCAGAGAUUUGUAACGCAAACGUUUUUACGUUCGCAAACAAUAGGUGAGAAGUUACGGAAGAUUACAGGGCGAUGGUCUCGAGGUCUUGACGCCGCGCAAAUCGCAUUCGUUCAUUAGUAAUAUCGUAUGCUCGACAGCGGAC